GUUUUAGCUCGCGGCGUCGUUCUCUCUCUCUCUCUCUCUCGUUCGAUAGCUUCACCCGCCGGCGACCUCUGCAGCUCCUCCGCCGUCGAGCUCAAGCUGAUCCUCCGCCAUGGCUCGAGGGUUGAAGAAACACUUGAAGAGGCUAAAUGCCCCAAAGCAUUGGAUGCUUGACAAGCUAGGAGGUGCCUUUGCACCAAAACCUUCGUCUGGACCCCACAAAUCAAGGGAAUGCUUGCCUUUGAUCCUUAUCCUGCGUAACAGGCUGAAAUAUGCCCUUACAUAUCGUGAGGUUAUAGCCAUCUUGAUGCAGCGCCAUGUUCUUGUUGAUAACAAAGUGAGGACAGAUAAGACAUAUCCUGCUGGUUUCAUGGAUGUUGUGUCUAUUCCGAAGACCAAUGAGAACUUCCGCCUCCUCUAUGACACAAAGGGCAGAUUCCGGCUUCACAGCAUUAGGGAUGAUGAGGCAAAGUUUAAGCUAUGCAAAGUGCGAUCUGUCCAGUUUGGGCAGAAGGGCAUCCCUUAUCUGAACACUUACGAUGGUCGUACAAUCCGCUAUCCAGACCCUCUGAUCAAGGCCAAUGACACCAUCAAGCUUGACCUUGAGGCCAACAAGAUCACUGACUUCAUCAAAUUCGAUGUUGGGAAUGUUGUCAUGGUGACAGGUGGAAGGAACAGAGGGCGAGUUGGUGUCAUCAAGAACAGGGAGAAGCAUAAGGGUACUUUUGAGACCAUCCACGUCCAAGAUUCUCAAGGACAUGAGUUUGCUACUCGGUUGGGCAAUGUCUUCAUUAUUGGUAAAGGAACAAAACCCUGGGUGUCUCUUCCCAAGGGCAAAGGUAUUAAGCUGUCUAUCAUUGAGGAGGCCAGGAAGAGGCUUGCAGCCCAAGCAUCUGCCACCGCUUAAAGAUGUUCAUGAUAAUUUGUUCAUCAUCAGUAUUAUUUUGGGGCUAUUCGAAGGAAGCAGUGGACGUUAUGGUAGAGAAGAAUGUUUUGCUUUCCUUCUAGACAUGUCUGGACUACUUUCAUUCUUGCACCUCUUAUAUUUUGAACUAUUAAAUUUAAUAGUACUCAAGACAAAUUAAUCAAUCCUCCCAAAUCUUAUUUCUUUGGAA